AUGAUUUCAGAAUUGGUGCGGUAUCUAAUUGUACGACCCUCCAGGAUGUUGAUCAGUGUGGCAUUCUUCUGGGCAUUCUCAGGCAUGGCAUCAGCAGUGCCCAUCUCCUCAGCUCACAGCUGGGUCAACGCUACCAUCAACCAGACUGUUCAGUUACCCUUCUCCCUUCAGCCCCCCAGUCCUUCCUGGGAAUUCCUCCACAUCACAUGGACUUUUAUUGCCGGCAACAGAAAUGUCCUUAUCCUUGCAUACAUUGUAGACAAUUGCAGUGGAACAGCCCUCAAAUGGUGGGGGAAAGAAUGUAAUACUAACAAACUGGUGGAUGAGAUGUAUCAGCAGCGGGCAGACGUUCUCAAGAAUGGCACGCUAGUGCUUCAUCGCGUGGGGCUUCACGAUGCGGGAAUGUACCGCGCGACAAUUAAAUCCUUGGAUUUAAGACUGCAUGCGACAGUGAAUCUCACCGUGACUGAAGGAGCAAGAUCAUUAACCCAGGAAAAACUCAGCACUGAGAAUAUGGUUCGGAUGAUUUGGGGUGGCCUCCUCCUCUGCUUCCUUGGGCUCUUGGUGGUAGAUCAUUUUUGCACAGUGGAUGGAAGCAUCACUCAGGGAAGGAAGACUGUGGGCCAUCCUGGGAAAUCCACUAUUGACUGGAGCUGAUACGUCAUGAAUGAUCCAUCUGCUCAUUUCAUGAAUCAAGGAGAGCAACAAGAUACCUAUCAAAAAUUGGGAACUGUUGUCUACCCCAUCUACCCCCAUUGCAGGGCUCAGCCACUCAAGCAUCAUGAUCUGGAAGUAACCGAAUAUCUU